AUAGGAACAUCUAGUAGUAGUACGGUGUGCAUUAUGUCUGCAGCAACAAUAGCUAUUACCAGGCUUAUUGUUGACUGAUCGAAAACGCAGCACAGUCCCGCACGCUAGCUGUUGCGCUCGCUAUGGAAAUGCAGCAGUGACUACAUUGUAUGUGGUCUCGAAGAUGAACAUCAGCUGAAGACUUCUAUCCGAAUAUUAGUUGUCGCUGCGUUAUCCUGUCUGCUGACUCUGGGUUUGACCCGACCGUCCACCUGGCCCUCGCCAUGGUCGACUUUCGCGCGCGAUUGCAUGGCAUAGAUGCCUGGGCCAACCUGAGGCUUUGUGCCGAUGGCGGCGAACCAGCGGAACCUAACAUUCUCAAUGGCUUAUUUCAAGGCUCGACCAUGAAACGGUUUUUAGAGUUGAUCAUGGGCAAGCCAAUGCGCAAGAUGACGAGUUUUGAUGGGCUGAGUAAACAACAGAAGGUGAUGCGCGCAGACUGGUUUGUCAGUGGCCUGCAAGAAUCUGGCUUCCUCUCCAAGAACCAUCGGGUCGACAAGGAGUACUUUAUAUCGUCGUUUGGUGAUGAGGUGUUCCCGGUGCUGUGGAGUGUUGUCAAUUACGAUAUCAAGUAUUCCUGGUGCGUAUGUCCAGACAUGAUGUCCUCCAGUCCGGAUGUUCUUCUGGCCAAACCGCUGACGUUAAUGACAGGCGAAUCACCUCAUCCUGUGGUACAAACGUCAUUAGCACAACGCCGUGUCAGCAGGCCUGUGAAGCCAGAUGCAGAAGACUGUCUCUUCUCCUUAGCCCGCAGUUUGCUGAAGGCCACCAGAGAAGGCUCAAAACUCAAAGUAGAGGAGUUGUCUGAUUUCAACGACUGCAGGAUUCUUUGUGCCCUGGUCAAUGCUCUCGUUCCGGAAAUGUUCACGUCAGAAAUACUACUGAAUGAUCGCUGGACUCUAAAUCUCAUCGUGAAGUGCCUGAGGUCACUCUUCCGGCUUGAAAUAAGCUUUGACUCACAAGAUUUCGCCGAGGUCGAUGAAAUCGGCCUUUGCUCCUUCAUGGCGGUCUUCUUCCUUCGGGGAUUUCAGUUGCGACAGUCACUUGCGGUGAUGGCCAAACUGGAUCAUUUUGAAAAGAAGAUAACCAAGGCUGAAAGUGACCUGAAGGACAUACCAAGCCCUCCGAAGACUGCAGCCCAUAUCAACAGGACGGCUGAGCUGAAAACUCUAGUGGAGGACUGCAAAGAUGAAAUAUCUCGUCUUGGUCAGAAGUUCAACUUGAAUGAAUGCCGCUCCUGGUCAGAAAGCAUUGAGGAGCUACAGCAAGAGAUCCGUGAUGAUGUUUCUCAGAUGGUGGACCAGCGAUUUGAUGUAGUGGAUGUAGCGGACGCACAAGGUCCUGGUAUGACGAUCAAUGAUUUUGUGGAUGAACUUGGAAUCAACUUGGUACUGACUGGCAUGGUGGGAUUCUACACGACUGGCACACAGGAGGUUGUCUACCCGGGCCGGCGGUUAGUCGUGCAAGAUACCAAAACUGGUGAAUUCUACGAUAAUUUCACUGGCCAUGAAAAUUCCGAUGGGCGUAGCGUGUAUGAUGUGCUGCACAUCACUGCCGCGGCUGUCAGCACUGUGAGACCGGAUGCGGUAGAGGGGUGUAAGGUCUUCUUCGAAAGCAAAUCUCGAAACAGAAUUCUUCGAGAAGACACUCUAUUUCUUUACCAAGUAUUCCCUGGAACGUUGAAGAGUUCGGAACACAUCCUGCUGCAUGCGGCACAGCUAGGCAAUGAGGAGAUCGUGAAGAAGCUGGCCCUGUUCUUCAAUUUUGAAUCUCGCUUUCUGAACUGCCGAGAUCCCAGUACUGGAAAUACUCCACUUCACCUGGUCGCUCGGCAUGGAUAUCAGGAUCUGGUUCUCUACUUCCUGGAGAAUGGCGCCAAGGUGAACUCACUCAAUGAUUUCGGAAACACCGCUCUAUUCCUGGCGGCUGAAAGAAUCAAUAAGCCCAUAUGUCAGCUUCUGCUUGAAUGGGGCUGCAAGUCCACCAUCAAGAAUAACAACAGCAACACCGUCUGUGAUGUCAUCAACAAUGUGUCUUUAAAGAGUCUCAUCACGCAGUAUGCCAUCUACUACAAGAUGCUGAGGACAUCGCUGGCAACGGAGGAACAGCUUGGGAACCCCAGCGCUUGCCGAGAGGUUCUGCGUAAGGUCAUUGCUCAGCACCAGGAUGAGACGGAUGCCAUGACGUUUGUCACACUGACUAGCCGAUGUGUGAAUGGUCAGACUCUGCUACAUACAGCUGCUGCGCUCAACGAUGUUAAAUCCUGCAAGAUUCUAUUGGAUGCUAAAGUUCCUUUCGAUAUACUGGAUAGCAAAGAUCGCACUCCUCUGCACUGCACGACCUCACCUGAAAUAGUCCAGCUUCUCCUGCAAGCUGGCGCCCCGGUGGACCAGCUGGACAAAGGGGGAAGUUCCCCUUUGCACUCCGUAUGCAAUAUGAAGCAAUCAGAUGAGCAACUGGAAUGCAUCAAAGAGCUGCUGGCAGCGGGUGCUGAUGUGGCUGUUCACAAUGAUGAGGGACUGAUGCCUCUGCACCAUUGCGCUGCUUUUGGCAACACGGAUGCCAUCGCCUUUCAACUCUCGCUCUCCAGAGACUAUGUCACAGCAGGGCUAGCAUCUCAGGAGCACGACAAGCUUCCGAGCCCCGUUUCUUAUGCCCUGGAGAAUGUCAAGUUCGACUGUGCCAAUUGGCUAGCCGAGGAAGGUAUGGAUAUGAAACCAAACGAAGGAUCCCAUUUGCUGAUGAAUUUCUUCGGCACGAAACACACAAGCUCUGACCAGUUCCGCCUAGUGGAGUUUCUGGUGAAGCGUGACAAGGUCUGGGACAUCAACAUGAAGCUGGACUUGGGCUAUAGGCCUAUUCACUUGGCGUGCGGGAAUGCCAUGAACUAUGACUCGGUGGAGCUGAUGCUAGAGAACGGUGCGGAUGUCACGUUGGUCGAGGACCGUGGAAGAACGGCGCUGCACAUGGCCGCCCAGUCUAACUCACCUUACAGUGCUGCACUUCUCAUUCGCCAUGGGGCAAGCGUCUAUGCUAAAGAUAAGCAAGAGGGAGUAAUGUCAUGUACAAUGAUGGUGUUGCCGGGAUGCAAUGUAUAUAGUUCGAGUCGCUGCAUUGGUUGUGCACUCUCACCGACACUGUCACGGUACUGCACAGGAUUAUCCCCACUGGACAUGGUGCCCGACUACAGCGAGUGGGUAACAAGUGGCCACUUUGAUGAGGACACGAUCAGACGCUUAUCAGUGUACGACAUGAAGCAGUCACGGCACCUGAUCAGAGCAAUCUCCAGCACGGUGCAGCAAUCGCUGGACCGUCAGCCACCGCACAUGCAUCGUCACUUUCAUUCACACAACCCUCAUGGCCAGGACCUGCAUGAGCUGAGAACGAUGCUGGCCGCGUCCACUGUGAGGACCACCGCGUCUCCCAUGACCGCCGUGCUCGACGAACGCAUGCUGCUCGCCUCCGAGCGCAGAAGCAGAACGGAACGGCGCGGUGUCACCGAAGCCACGGCUGCCUUCCCAAUGCCGGCCUUCAAACGGUCAAAGAGCCAUGACCGCACGUUAUCAGCACCAGCUACAGUCUCCACGACUAAGCUUCCUCCCAUCGGGAAACUCAAGCCCAGGUCACGGCAGAUUGUCAAAUCAGUUGUUGGAAUUUAAUGCCAGCAGCUCUAUACAAGAAAGAAUAUCGAUGAGGGUUAACCAGGGGUGGAUUCUGGAUUUUUCCGUUUCCAUCAUGUAUAACCACACACCCUGUUGCAUGUCCCAAGAGAGCCAAUGCACAGCUAGCUCUCUGUAUACACCCAAUGAACAGAAAUUAGCCUAAAAUGAAAAGAGCUUGCUUGACAAACUCAAUAAUUCUGAAGUAUCCGAUUUUUCAUCAAGAGUAAGAUGUGUGUAUAUAUUUAUACUGCUCAAGCAAAAAUAGCUUCUCAACAACA